AUGUUUCACAUCAUCCUGUCCAUAUUUGUGGGGGUUCCGGCUUUUUUAUUGUACACCAUUAGCAACCAACGAGUCACGAGAAACAAAACCGCACGACAAUACAAUUGUGAUAUUCCACUCACUUAUCCCCAUCUCGAUCCAAUCUUUGGAACGGAUCUGAAGUUUCAAGAGAUACAACAAUCUCUACGCCAUCAGAGAAUCGCUUUCUCAGCAAGUCUACACAAAAAAUAUGGGGAGACAUUUGAAGUCAUCAACUUGGGUACUUCCUCACUAAGAAGUAUAGAUAAGGAAAAUAUUCAAGCAGUCUAUUCUACGAAUCAUGACGAUUGGGGCUAUGAGCCCUCAAGACUAUCUGUCAUGGGACCUUUUUGUGGUCGUGGAUUCAUCACCACAGAUGGAGAUACAUGGCAAAAAGCCAGAGCUCUUCUACGACCAACUUUUAGCAAAUCGAAUAUUUCGGAUCUAUCUGCAUACAGAGUUGCCGUUGAACAGUUCCUUCGAAACAUUCCAGAUGAUGGGUAUACUACUGUCAACCUGCAACCUUUACUAGCAAAUCUCUACUUAGAAACAUCCUUGAACUUUCUGAUAGGUAUUCUCCUAGAUACCAGCAAUGAAGAUGAAAGAAAAAAAGCAACAGAGUUCAUUAAAGCUUUCAAUACAUCUAUGAUUGGCAUGGGAGUAUCAUUUCUGAUAGGUCCUCUCAAAUUUCUGAUCCCGAGAUCACUCACAACUGUUGCUCACAAGCAAGUGUAUGAUUACAUUGAUGUUUUAGUCGAUAAGGCGUUAGAAAAAGCCCGGGAAGAACCUGCCUACAAAGACAAUUCAAAUGCACCACUGCAAAAGAGUCUUCUGGAAGGCCUCGCUAAGCAGACUGAUGAUUGCAUGGAGAUACGUCAGAAUAUUAUUCAGGGAAUGAUGGCAGCGCAAGGUACUACGUAUGUUUUGAUCAGCAACACAUUAUUCCUUCUGUCCCGCAAUCCGGACAUUUAUGAAAGACUCCGAGAUGAGGUACGAUAUUUGGACCUCGAGGCGUCUUUUCAAUUAUUCGAUCUACUACUAGAUUACGUUUUCCUUCAGAACAUCCUGCGUGAAUCUCUUCGCAUAUACCCUGUAUUCCCCAUCAUGAACCACAUUGCUCUCCGCGACACAAUACUACCAAGAGGAGGGGGUACAAACGGAAAAUCUCCAAUCUUCGCACCUAAAGGUACAACGAUAUAUACAAACCAGUAUGCUCUACAUCGUGACGAGAAAGUGUUCGGAAACGAUGUUGAAUCUUUCAACCCAGAUCGAUGGGAUUCCUUCAAUUGCAAACCAACCUCUUGGGAAUAUAUGCCAUUUGGUGGAGGACUACGGGCUUGUGUUGGACAACAGAAAGUACUGGGCAAGGCAGCGUAUACCGUGGCGAAGAUUGCACAGGUGUAUAAGGGAUUGGAAAGUCGUGACUAUAGAGACUGGGAGGGCGAAUGGAAGUUGACGGCGAAGAAUGUAAAUGGAUAUAAAGUUGUAUGUAUCCCAGAAUGA